UUAGUUGACUUUGUUUUAUUUAUUGGAGAAGUGAUGGCGAAGCGCGGCGCUCGGCUGAUCCUCUUCCUCCUGCUCUUCUCCUUCCUGCGAUCGUCGCGCGGCUCCAGGCGCGCGGACCCGGGGCCGGGACUGUCCGUCACACCUUUCACCCCGUUCUGGUUUUCUGUGGAGCCGGUUGACACCGUGGCGAUUCGGGGAGCCCCCGUGCAGCUCAACUGUUCGGCACAGAGCGACACGGGAUCGCCGCCCCGCGUUGAGUGGAAGAAGGACGGAACGUUCCUGAACCUGGCGUCGGAUGAGCGGAGGCAGCUGCUGGCCGAUGGCUCGCUUCUCAUCACCAGCGUGGUGCACUCGAAACACAACAAGCCCGACGAGGGCGUGUACCAGUGCGUGGCCUCCAUCGAGAGCCUCGGCAUCAUCGCCAGCCGCACGGCGCGCCUCUCUGUGGCCGGUCUACCGCGGUUCUCCGGGCCGCUGGAACCCGCCGAGGUGCGCCAAGGCGACAGCCGCGUGAUGAGCUGCGAGGUGAAUGCAGACCUGGCGCCCUUCACCCGCUGGGAGCGCGAUCGCCAGCCUCUGGAGCUGGACCAGAGGGUGGUGCAGCUUCCCAACGCCGCCCUGGUGGUCAGCAAUGCCUCCGCCAGCGAUGUGGGCCAGUACCGUUGUGUGUUGGAGAGCGUGGGCCCUACAAAAGCGAGCGAGGAGGCCGAACUACGCCUCCUAUCAGAGAGUGGCGUCGAGAGGAAGCCCGAGUUUCUCCUGCGGCCGUCGGCCUUGGCCAGGGUAGCGGGGGAGAGCGCGCUGUUGUCAUGUGUGGUGUCUGGUUACCCCACACCGCAGGUGCGCUGGCUGCGCGGCGACUCUCCGAUUGAAGACGGCGAGCGGUUCGAUCUGGUAGGAGGCGGCAGUCUGCAGAUCCUCAACCUCACCGAAGAAGAUGCUGGCGUGUACAGCUGUGUGACGGAUAGCGGGAACGAGACCAUCGAAGCCCAGGCAGAGCUCAGCAUAAGAGCUCGGCCUCGGUUUCUGAAGGCACCCUCCAAUAUCUACGCCCACGAGUCUAUGGACAUAAUCUUUGAGUGCGAAGUGACGGGAUCCCCGCCUCCGACUGUAAAGUGGGUGAAGAACGGAGAUGCAGUCAUCCCCAGUGACUACUUCAAGAUUGUGAAUGAGCACAACUUGCAGGUCCUGGGGCUGGUGAAGUCCGAUGAGGGUUUCUAUCAGUGUCUGGCUGAAAAUGAAGCUGGAAACAUCCAGGCCAGUGCCCAACUCGUCAUUCUGGAUCACGAUGUCCCCAUCCCCACCCCCCCUUCUGCCUCACUGACCACUGCCACUGCUGACCGUGUAGCACAAGCUCCUGCUGGCGGCCGUGGCCCCGUUCCUUCCGCCCCGCGGGACGUCGUGGCCUCGCUGGUCUCCACCCGCUUCAUCAAGCUCACCUGGCGCCCUCCAGCAGAGCCACACGGCGAUAACAUCACCUACUCUGUGUACCAUCGUCUGGAGGGUGCUGGCAGAGAGCGCGUCCAAAAUACCAGCCGGCCCGGUGAGCUGCAGGUCGUCAUCCAGAACCUCAUGCCGGACACUAGGUACACCUUCCGUGUGAUCGCGCACAACCGGAACGGCCCAGGAGAAAGCUCCGCCCCCAUUGUCGUGGCAACGCAGCCCGAAGUGCAGGUCCCCGGCCCGGCGCCGGAGCUCCAGGCCGUCUCCGUCUCCCCCACCUCCGUCAUGGUCAGCUGGGGAAAGCCGUUGACAGGCAACGGCGAGAUCCAGACCUAUAAGGUGUACUACAUGGAGAAGGGUGUGGACGGAGAGCAGGAUGUUGAUGUUACCGGUUUGUCCUACACCAUUACUGGGCUGAAGAAGUUCACCAACUACAGCUUCCGUGUGGUGGCUUACAACAAACACGGGCCAGGUGUCUCCAGCGAGGACAUAGCAGUGAGGACCUUGUCUGAUGUUCCCAGUGCCCCUCCGCAGAACCUCACCCUGGAGGUGCAGAAUUCGAGGAGCAUCAUGGUCCGGUGGCAGCCCCCUCCAUCCGACACCCACAACGGAGAGCUGGUGGGAUACAAGAUCCGUUACCGGAAAGGGGCGCGGAAAAGCGACGCGACUGAUACCACAGUGAGCGGGCGGCUCUUUCAGCUCAUCGACGGACUCGAGCGCAGGACGGAGUACACGUUCCGUGUGUCAGCGCUCACGGUGAACGGGUCCGGCCCUCCGACCGAUUGGGCCACAGCGGAGACCUUUGAGAGCGACUUGGAUGAGAGCCGUGUGCCCGACGUCCCCACCUCCCUCCAUGUCCGUCCGCUGGUCAACAGCAUCGUGGUGAGCUGGACGCCACCGGAGAACCAGGACAUCGUGGUCAGGGGUUACGUAAUUGGCUACGGAAUUGGCAGCCCCCACGCCCAGAUGAUCAAAGUGGACCACAAACAGCGCUUCUACACCAUUGAGAACCUGGACCCAAGUUCCUACUAUGUGAUCACACUGAAGGCCUUCAACAACGUGGGGGAAGGGAUCCCUGUAUACGAGAGCGCCAUCACCAGGCCGCAGUCGGACCCCAUAGACCCUGAUGUUGAUUUGUACGAACUCUUCCAUGCUCCAUACACCCCAGUACCAGACCCCAGCCCCAUGCUGCCGCCUGUGGGCGUUCAGGCCUCUGUCCUGAGCCACGACACCAUCAAGGUCUCCUGGGCCGACAACUCGCUGGCCAAAAACCAGAAGAUCACCGACAGCCGCUACUACACGGUGCGCUGGAAGACCAACAUCCCUGCCAACACCAGGUUCAAGAUUGCGAACACCACCACCCUGAACCACAUGGUGACGGGACUCAAGCCUAAUACCCUGUACGAGUUCUCCGUCAUGGUGACCAGGGGCAGGAGGAGCAGCACCUGGAGCAUGACGGCGCACGGGACAACCUUCGAGAGCAUUCCCAGUUCCGCUCCCAAGGACGUGACCGUGGUGAGCAAGGAAGGCCGACCUCGGACCAUCAUCGUCAACUGGCAGCCGCCAUCGGAGGCCAACGGCAAAAUCACAGGGUACAUAAUCUACUACAGCACGGACGUGAGUGCGGAGGUCCACGACUGGGUGAUCGAACCCGUGGUGGGCAACCGGCUCACCCAUCAAGUACAGGAUCUGACCCUGGACACCACUUACUACUUCAAGCUCCAAGCCCGCAACUCCAAGGGCAUGGGCCCCAUGUCUGAGGCGGUGCAGUUCCGUACCCCCAAAGCGGAGUCCUCCGACAAAAUGGCUAACGACCAAGCAUCUGGCAUUCCGGCGAAGACCGGAAGGCCCUCUGGUGCAGCUGGCCACGGAUCUCCAGUCGGCAAAGGGGGCGUGACUGGCGGCGGCGAGAACCACAUCCUGGUUAUCAUCAUAAUCAUUUCCGUCGGGGUCUUCACCAUCGUCGUGGUCCUGGUGGGGGCCUUCUUCUGCACACGGCGCACCAGCUCCCACCAGAAGAAGAAGCGCGCAGCCACCAAGUCUGCCACCAGCUCCCACAAACACAAGAGCGGCUCCAAGGACCUGAAACCACCGGACCUGUGGAUCCACCACGAGCGGCUGGAGCUGAAGCCCAUGGAUAAGUCCCCCGAGCCCAACCCGGUGAUGACCGACACUCCCAUUCCCCGCUCCUCUCAAGAAAUCACGCCUGCCGAGGGCACUGCCGAGAACCCCAUCCAGAGGCGCAACUCGUACCGCGGCCACGAGUCGGAGGAGAGCGUGUCCGCACUGGUGAGCCGUCGAGGGAUGAGGCCCAAGAUAGUGAUGCCCUUUGAUACGCAGCCGCCGCAGCCGGUGGUUAGCGCUCACCCCAUCCAUUCCAUCGAUAACCUUCAUCACCACCAUUACCACCAUCUGGGCGGCCCGGCUUCAUCCACACGUGGCCACCUCCACCCCCCGCUCCGGCUGCGCUCACUUGCCCCCACCCCCUUCCCAGACAGGCUCAGCCCCGCAGAAUCCGUGAGGAACGCCCCCAGCACAGACCCCCUGCCGGGUUCAGCCCAGCCCGUGCUCCCAUCAGACCACCCGGAACCUGAGGGCAGCUCCCAUGGCUCCGCCUCCGAGGAGUCGUCCAGCUACCACCCCCCCACCGCUCACGUCCGCCCGACGCACCCUCUCAAGAGCUUCGCCGUUCCCCCUGUGGCGGGACUUAACCCCUCCCUGGAGGCGGCGGCCCCCCCCAGCACACAGCUGCUCCCGCAGGCAGGACCCCCCGCCCAGCUGAAGACUGCCUCCAUCGGCACGCUGGCUCGCACGCGCCCCCCCGUGCCCGUCAUCGUGCCCAGCGCCCCCGACGUGAGCGAGACCAGCAAGAUGCUGGAGGAGGCCGAGAGCAGCUAUGAGAAGGACGAGUUAUCGGAGGAGAUGGCUCACCUGGAGGGGCUGAUGAAGGACCUGAACGCCAUCACCACCGCCUGAGCGCCACGGUCGAAAGGUCGCCAGAGAUCGACAAACGGGGGGGAGUUCACCACACAACAGGGAAACGAAGGAGAAACCAGCGUUGCGCCUCCUCUCUUCGCUCGCUCUCGCGAAGGAGACGGCCACCUGCAUCUGCGGGGGGGGGGGGAAGCGGGGGAGCGGUCUCGGACUCUCGGUGCUCGGCUCAGAAGACCCCGGUCCCGGGAACUUCCUAGAGGCGCCGCUUAAAGACGCUCUUUUACACCGCUCAAGGACACGCACGCAAGCGUUUGCCGGAGCGUGCGGCGCUCAUGUGCGAACCUAGAGCGUUUUGGAUGUCUGUUUCUCCAUGGAUGCUGGACCUUGGUCCUGUUGCCCCACCCCCUGCCAUUUUUUUUAUAUUGAUCAUUUAUUCUGAAUGCCAUUAUUUUCCUUGUGCCACACUAUUGUGCCAUGACUUUAUUAUCGGGUAGUUCCUACGUAUGGUUUUAUAUGUAUACAUAUCGAUAUGUGAAUAUACUUUGAAACUGCCUCAUUUUAGAUUCUGUGGGAAGUUCUUGGUCUGUGCAUGGAGACUCGCUUCGUCGCAGGUCGUCGGGGGUCGCUGUUGAAAUACUGCCGUUCGCAGCGCAGGUGCAAAGGAACCGCGAACGCACCGUCGCUCGUGCGUCAAUAGGAGCUCGAAAGGGUUCCUCGCCGAAUGGCUCGCGGGUGCGAAGGUGUGCAGCGCCGUGCAGCGCCGUGCCGCGCCGCCCGUCGGGUAAUGCCUCCGGGACCAUGUGACCUUGUGGCCGCUCAGCCUUAUGGAGGACGGCUGAAGAUGUCGCACCAACCCUAACCCUGUUCCUCACUGCAGGGACGUGGGAGGAAUUUUUAACAAGCAUUUCAAAGCCCUUUUUUAAGCUGGUUUUAUAUGAAGAAAAAAGUUCUGUACCCAAAUUCUGCAUUUGUGUAAAACUAAAAUGAUGAUUAUUAUUAUUAUUAUUAUUAUUAUUAUUAUUAUUCCAGGUAACAGACCUGUCCCCUCACCCUUUUACCCAAAGAGACACGUCACAGCAAACUGUGCUGCGGUUCAGUGUGUCCCCCUCCUCGAUAUGUGCAUCUCGUUCAUCGUCGCCGUAAACGAAACUCUGCUUUCGAACACGAAAUACUGGAAGCGCCGACGACGGUCGCCAACAGACCCACGUUGCACUUUGCUCGGCAGUUUGCAGAGGUGCGUUUCGUACAUUCGCUGUGGUUUUAGACUGUUUUCGUGAAGCUGUAGUGUCAUAGGUAAGCAGUUGGCAGCUGGUCUUCUGUUCGUUUGUAUCGUUCCUUUUGCCUUGGAAGUGGUGAUGCCGGUUUCGUUGUGUUACGGACAUGGAGCUCUGCCCUUGACUCUUGUACAAAGACUGUUUUUGCAAAUAAAAAGAAAAU